CAUAGUGUCACUUUGCCUGCGUAACAGCGCCCCUCCCACCACACUCACCGCUGUCCUCCCCCCACCCCGGACUAGCACUGGGCUAGCCCGCUAACGAUGAUUCGCUACAUUUCGUGACAACAUUUUGGUCACAUUUUCUUCUUCCCGUCGACGGCGGGUGUUGAUAUCCGGCCAACUCCGAGCGACGCGGCUCACCAAGAGCCGAAAACAUCGCGGCCGUUUAUCCGCAGCUGGAAGCAGCUAGCGCGGCUACCAUCUUGGUUAGCUCGCUAGCUAUCCAGCUAGUUUGAUUGAUGGAUGACAUUCGACUGGUUUUCGCCUUUUUUAACAUUUAUUUAUUCACUCCAGGGAACAAUGAUUCUACUUUGACGUUGAGGGGACUGAGGCCCAGUUGGUUCGGUGUAAACGCAGUUCGUCUCGGGCAAAAAGUGGUUACAUUGAGGAUUUGCUGACUGCUGAUGCAAGCCUAGUUUGGACCUGUCAAUAUGAUGCCAAUGAUAUUGACGGUGUACCUCAGCGAUGGGGAGCAGGCCUUGACGGAGGUGCCCAUCACCCCAGAGACGACGUGCCGUGACGUCGUUGAGUUCUGCAAGGAGCCUGGCGAGAGUGGCUGCCACCUGGCUGAGGUCUGGAGAGGCAACGAGCGAGCUAUCCCUUUUGAGCACAUGAUGUAUGAACAUCUCCAGAAAUGGGGUCCGCGGAAACAAGAAGUCAAGUUCUUCCUGCGGCACGAAGAUUCUCCGACUGAGAGCAGCGAUCAGGGAAGUCAACAGUCUCAGGAUCAGACGAGUCGCAGGAGUGGCAAUGCUGGAGAGAAGCACAAUGAGAACGGGGUGGGUAAUCAACGUGUGGAGCUCACCCUCUCGGAGCUGCAGGAGAUGGCCACACGGCAGCAGCAGCAGAUCGAGGCUCAGCAGCAGAUGCUUGUCGCAAAGGAGCAGCGUCUGCGUUACCUAAAGCAGCAGGAGCGGCGUCAGCAACAGACGGCCACAGAAAGUGAGAAGCUGCAGAGGCUGAAGGAGCGGGUGGAGAGCCAGGAGGCCAAGCUCAAGAAGAUCCGCGCCAUGAGGGGCCAGGUGGACUACAGCAAGGUCAUCAAUGGCAACCUAUCUGCAGAGAUCGAACAAGUAAGCGGCCUGUUCCACGAGAAGCAGGCUGAGCUACAAACCGCUGUGCUGAGGGUGGAGCAGCUCAGCUUGCAGCUGGAGGACCUCCGCAGGGGGAAGCUCAACGGCAUACAGUCAACACUUGGCGGACAAGUGACUGGCACUGCAGCACUAGAGCUCCGGAAGCUCUACCAGGAGCUUCAGAUACGCAACAAACUAAACCAGGACCAGAACAGCAAGCUGCAGCAGCAGAAGGAUCUUCUAAACAAGCGCAACAUGGAAGUGACGCUCAUGGACAAGCGCAUCAGCGAGCUGCGGGAGCGCCUCUACAAGAAAAAAGCUGAGGCACGUCAAAAAGAGAAUCUCCCUCUCAGCAGGGCCAAUGGACCGCCCUCCCCACAGGCAGGUCCCGGGACGCUGGGCCGUGUGGCGGCUGUGGGUCCUUACAUCCAAGUCCCCGUGCCGACCCGACAGGAUGCGGGCUACACCUUGCCACCCGAACCUCUGAAACCGCAGAAUCUGGGGGUAAAUAACCAAGUCAACCAGGGCCGCACCAAGUCAGAUGGUGCGCGAAAGCCUCCGGGCGCCUGGAAGGUGUCUGAUUUAGACAUCGUCGUGGACCCGCUACCCCCGCCCUCUCCAGAGUCUCACCCGGGCACUGGCGCCUCCUCCACUUGCUCUGAUGGCACGUCCCCUAAUGAAGCUGGUUGGCCUCCUGCGGGUAAGACCGGCACAUCUCUAAAGCCGCCCGAGAGAAGAGACUCAGAUACGCAGCAGGGUAAGAACCCUCCUUCCGGCUCCCCUGCGGCUCCAAGUGCAGAAAAGGUGCUUGAUUCCAAAAAGACCGUGUCGUCCCCUUCCAUAUCCAAACCCCAACCACCACCCUAUGGCUUCCACCUCAUUUCUGCCAACUCUGCCAGCUCUCUGGAGCGUCGCAAGGAUGCGCCGCCACCGCUGCCGCCGCCUCGCCCACUAACAAACCCCCCUGCGCCCGCUUGGCCCCGAGUGCCCUCAUCCACAGGCUCGUCCUCGCAGCAGAUCCAGCAGCGGAUCUCGGUGCCGCCGAGUCCCACCUUCCAGCCUCACGUACUGCUCUUCCCGCCCGGCAUGAGCGAGCGGCUGGACCCCCCACCCGCUGUAGCGGUGCGUCCCUUCAUCCCAGACAGAGGAUCUCGGCCACAGUCACCCAGAAAGGGUCCGGCGACCAUGAACUCCAGUUCCAUCUAUCACAUGUACCUCCAGCAGGCAGCGCCAAAGAGUCAGCCCCUAAAACCUGCUCUUAAAGCAGUAUAUGGGAAGCCCGUCCUCCCUCCCAGUUCGACACCUCCCUCACCUCUACCUUUUGUUCCGCCCGGUGGAGCCUUCCCGUUGCUCCAAGGACCACCAGCCGGCGAGGAUAUGCUUGAUGGUGACCUGGAGGAUCACGAAGGGUUAUGCCACAUGGAGCCAUCAGCCCCCCCUCCCAGCGUAGAGAACAUCCCACGACCACUCAGCCCAACUAAGCUAACGCCCAUGGUACACUCGCCCCUGCGCUACCAAAGUGACGCUGACCUCGAGGUGCUUCGUAAGAAGCUGGCCAAUGCUCCGAGGCCCCUGAAAAAGCGCAGCUCCAUCACAGAACCAGAGGGCCCAAGUGGGCCUAACAUCCAGAAACUGCUCUAUCAAAGAUUCAACACUCUCGCAGGAGGCAUAGAGGGAAGUGUAGGAACUGGGGGAGGUAAUGGUGCAGGGACUGGGACACCAUUUUAUCAGCCUGCAACUCCUCCAGGCUAUUUGGGUGGUGACUCAGCUGCAGACAGUGACAAUGGCAACCUUCCCCCCGACACUCUCCCUCCGCCACCACCGCCGCCUGAUGCAGAGGAGCUGGGCUCAGAGGCUGAGUCUACUGACGCCAACGACAACCAGCCGCUACCUCCGCCACCAGAGGGUCUCGCAGACACCGCUGAUUCAGAAGGAGCGGACGACGACGACGACGAAGACGACAACAACAACAACGUGGGAAGCUCAGAGGCCUUGCUGCCCAGUCCGGUGCCAGAGGUCAGCUCACCGGAGGAGAGUGGCACUGUGAUGACACAACCCUCUCGCACAAAUCUGAAGAAGCCAGAGUCCGAGCGCACUGGUCACGGCUUCAGGGUGAAGUUCAACCCUUUGGCUCUCCUGCUGGACGCCUCACUGGAAGGAGAGUUUGACCUUGUCCAGAGAAUUAUCUACGAGGUGGAAAAUCCCAGCACGCCCAACGACGAAGGCAUCACGCCCCUGCAUAACGCCGUGUGCGCCGGGCAUCACCACAUCGUCAAGUUCUUGCUGGAUUUUGGUGUGAACGUCAAUGCAGCGGACAGCGAUGGAUGGACUCCGCUCCACUGCGCCGCCUCGUGCAACAGCGUCCACCUCUGCAAGUUGCUGGUGGAGUCGGGUGCCGCCAUCUUUGCCAGCACCAUUAGCGAUGUGGAGACGGCCGCCGAUAAGUGUGAGGAGAUGGAAGAGGGCUACAUCCAGUGCUCACAGUUCCUAUAUGGCGUUCAGGAAAAGAUGGGUGUCAUGAACAAGGGCACGGUGUACGCCCUGUGGGUGUAUGAAGCUCAAAACCAGGACGAGCUGUCCUUCGGCGAGGGGGACGCCAUCACCAUCCUGCGGCGACAAGACGACAGCGAAACUGAGUGGUGGUGGGCGCAGCUGGAGGACACAGAGGGCUACGUGCCUCGGAACCUUCUGGGGCUCUACCCUCGGAUCAAACCUCGCCAGCGCUCCCUGGCGUAGCAUCCACAGCUGGUGGAGGGACAAGACCAAGAGCAGAGAACAAAAAAAAGCCUCAAGAACCAACUUCGUCUUCUGGCGGCCAUACAUAUAUUUAUUUAAACACACACACGAUAGACACUCUAAAUGCGAAAAAUCCCCUAAAUCCUUCCAUCCCAUUGGCUCCUUCAGUAGACACUACACCGCUGUAACUUCUCCAAACCUUUUUCUUUUUCUUCCACAUGGUCACACAUGUUGCUGAUGGGACAUGUAUUUGUAGUUGUUUUUUUGUCUUAUUAUUUAAAACUGACCCGCUAGAAUGAACCCAAAUGUUUGCUUUUAACCACCAAAAAAUGCAAUAGAUUUGACAUAUUUUAUUAUGUUUUGGGGGGGAUGGGAUACGCUGUAGGAAAAGCUCUUUUUAGUUUUAGAGAGCACAUCACAACAAAAGCGUGUCAUGCACAGAAUGAUUUGACUGAUUGUCCCGAGUUGCAUUUCGUAAGGAUUCUGUCAAUUCAGCAUUGUUUUCUCCAAAUAUGCUGCUAUGGUUAUUGUUGAAAUGUUUUUGAUGGCCAGUUAAAACCACUUGAACAUUGAUUCGGAAUGAAAAUGUGGAUAUUUUAUUUUUAUUUUGAAUGAACUCACACUCAAAUAGGUGAUCAUUUUCUUUACUUCACAUAGUGAUUACCCAGUUUGUUUUCACAACUUCUGAAGCCUUUAAAUCUCAGGACCAACACGGUGCUGCUGACACUGUUCCACCAUUGUGUUCCUAUUUUCAUGCUCACGUGGCUCGAGCAACAAACCAAACACAGCUGAUGUAAGUUAUUUUUCACGAGAAUGGAACAGUUAAGACGUUAAAGGCACCGUCUGGUUAAUUACUCCUUCCAAGUUAUCACCAAUCCCAUCCAGGUACAACACUGUACAUGAAACAUGAUCUGCAGUCCAUCAGUGUGUUUUGAACCGGAGUGAGUGAGUAUAAUGCAAAGUGUGCAACAGGCCCACUGAAAUAUGUACAAAGUGUGCAACAGGCCCAUUGAAAUCUGUACAUAGUGUGAGGAGGAUGCUAUCUUUUGUUUGCUGUAUGGACAGAUGGGCUUUCUCUAUGAUGUUGUACUCACACACACACACAAAUCUGUAAAUGUCAACAAUAAAUCCUAAAUCUAU